AUAUGCAGGAUGUGGGAGGGCAGAGCAGGGCUAUAAAGGAGCUCAGCCUCUGUAGCAGCACUGUUGUGUCCUCAGACUGGAUCAGAGGAGCUGACUGAAAACCAGAACCAGCACCAGACUCUAACUAGCAGCAGAAGACAUGGAGAGCAUGCAGGAGCUGAUCCCGUUUGCCAAAGAGAUGCUGAGGCAGAAACCGGGUCGGGGCCUGCUGAAGAUCUACCUGCUGGGCUCUGUGCUGGCGGUUCUGGGAACAGCCAUCGGCCUGGUCCAGACUGUGUGCCGGCCCUUUACGUCAGGAGAGCCGGCGGACCCAGAGAUGCUGCUCAUGCUGGCCCGGGUGCGGAAUGAGACUCAAACUGUGACACAAAGCAGCCUGGGGUGGACCACAGAGGAGGAGGAGGAGGGAGAGGUUCUGGAUGAAGAGGGCUUCACCAAGACCCAGAUACUGCACGGCUCCAAAAGCCACAGGUUCAGCCAGCGAAACACAAUCAACCGCCUCCACGCGUCCUAGGAGCAGCUGGAUCCCAGCAGGGGACUUUGUUUUAGAGGCUGCUCCUCACAGACAGUCUGGCUGCAGCGCCCCCCUGUGCUGCAGAGCUGUUCCUGCAGCUGUGUUAAGGUUAAAGAGAAUGGAGCGGAGCCUCAGUCGGGCACUUUGUGGUCCAGCUGGGAGAGCCGAGUGAACCAAAGUCCAGAAAAAGGUUCUGUUGGAACAAAAGAGACAGUUCUUUCUGCACAGAAGGUCACCGGUCCAGACUGGAGAACCCUGUUUACUUCAAGGAGCAAAACUGAUUUUGAGUCAGGAGUUCAUGAAAGCACCUGAAAGCAGUUUAAGUCUGUAUCAGACGCACUUUGUAAGAAUGCAAACCUGUGAAUUUUUUAUACUAAUAAAGUUUGUUUUAUAUAUUUAA